UAAAAGUCCAGCUUUGGCCAGAAACUUCAGUUUGUUGGCUAAGGCAGCAGGUAGCAAAGUCAACUCGAGGAUUUGGGUUCUCUGGUAGCCACCGCGGCUUGAAGAGCGAGCGGUUAGCAUGGGCGAGAUCAAUUUUUUCACUAUGGACAAUGAGACGGAGGAGGUGGGCUCAGGUGACUACGACUCCAUAAAGGAACCCUGCUUCCGGGAAGAAAAUGCCCAUUUCAACCGAUUCUUUCUGCCUACCAUCUACUCCAUCAUUUUCUUGACUGGCAUAGUGGGCAAUGGAUUGGUCAUCCUGGUCAUGGGUUACCAGAAGAAACUGAGAAGCAUGACGGACAAGUACAGGCUGCACCUGUCAGUGGCGGACCUCCUCUUUGUCCUUACACUUCCUUUCUGGGCCGUUGAUGCCGUGGCAGGCUGGUACUUUGGGAAGUUCCUGUGCCAGGCAGUCCACGUCAUUUACACGGUCAACCUCUACAGCAGCGUCCUCAUCCUGGCGUUCAUCAGCCUGGACCGGUACCUAGCCAUCGUCCACGCCACCAACAGUCAGAAGCCAAGGAAGCUGUUGGCUGAAAAGGUGGUUUAUGUUGGCGUCUGGAUACCCGCCCUCCUGCUGACUAUCCCGGAUUUCAUCUUCGCUAACGUCACUGAAUCAGAGGAGAAAUACAUCUGUGACCGUUUCUACCCCAGUGACUUGUGGAUGGUCGUGUUCCAAUUUCAGCACAUCAUGGUUGGCCUCAUCCUGCCAGGGAUCGUCAUCCUGUCCUGCUAUUGUAUUAUCAUCUCCAAGCUGUCGCACUCCAAGGGCCACCAGAAGCGCAAGGCCCUCAAGACCACCGUCAUUCUCAUCCUGGCUUUCUUUGCCUGCUGGCUGCCCUACUAUGUUGGGAUCAGCAUCGAUGCCUUCAUUCUUCUGGAAAUCAUCAAGCAAGGCUGUGAAUUUGAGAACAUGGUGCACAAGUGGAUUUCCAUCACCGAGGCCCUCGCCUUUUUCCACUGUUGCCUGAACCCCAUCCUCUAUGCCUUCCUUGGGGCCAAGUUUAAAACCUCUGCCCAGCACGCGCUGACCUCUGUGAGCAGAGGGUCCAGCCUGAAGAUCCUCUCGAAAGGAAAGCGAGCUGGACAUUCUUCUGUUUCAACUGAGUCUGAAUCGUCAAGUUUUCAUUCCAGCUAACACUGAUUUUUCACAGACUUUUUUUUAAUACCGUAAAGAACAUUUUUUUUUUAAGUUACGCAUUUUUCAGAUAUAAAAGACUGACCGAUACUGUACAGUUUUUAUUGACUGUUGGGUUUUGUCUUGUGUUUUUUAGUUGUUGUGAGGUUUAAUUGAUUUAUUUAUAUAAAUAUUUUUUCGUUUCAUGUUGAUAAGCGUCUAGGCAGGACCUGUGGCCAAGUUCUUAGUUGCUUUGUGUCUGGUUGUGUAGGGCUGUAGAAAAGAGAACUGAACAUUCCAGAGUGUAUAGUGAAUCACGUUAAGCUAGAAAAGGUCCUCAGCUGUUUGUGCAUAAAUAAUCUGGCCAUUCCAGUGGAACUUUUUUUUUCCCCUGUUCUAAAAUUGUUUGGUUACACUAUGUGACUUUGCUGUAGAAGAUGGCACUUACAACCAAAGCCUCAAGUGGUAUAUAAAUGGUGGUUUUUCAGUUUUUCAGGAGUGGGUUGAUUUUAGAAUCUACAAUGUACAGUCUUUGUAUUAAGUUGUUAAUAAAAGUACCUGAUAAACUUACUUACUGUUAUGUUUUGAUUUCUACUGAUUUUCCUCUGGCUGGCAGAAAACAAAAAUCACCAGAACAGAUAUUUAUGGCAUGCCAGGCCCUGACCUAGGUAACUUUAGUUGUAAUAGUUAAUCCUUAUCACAACUCUAUGAUAGAUUCUGGUUCUAUCAUUAUAUACAUUUUAUAGAUGAAGACAUAGGCACAGAAAGCCUAAGUGACGUGCUCAAAGUCAUGUGCUAGUGACAGAGCCAAUAUUUGAAACCAAAUAGCAGUGAGUAAGAGCCCAGCUGUUAACCAAAAAAUCGGCAGUUCGAAUCCACCAGCUACUCCUUGGAAACCCUAUGUGGCAGUUCUCUGUCCUAUGGGGUCGCUAUGAGUGGGAAUCAACUGGAUGACCAAUGGGUUUGGUUUGGUUUAAUGUGACUUAAGAAUCUGAUGCCUUAACAACUUUCAGAUGGAAGUUUAGAAGUGUCCAGCCAGUACCCAUUCCUGUAAAAGAUAAUCUGUCUGCCAGAUAAAUGUGUAUAAAGAAGAACAGGUAUGUGAUAACAAUCUUUAGACUUUACUACUACUAUUCCCCUGUGUAAAGUACAU